GCUGCAGGUCAAAUUGACGGUCGAGGGUUCCUGUCCCACUAUCGCGUUCUUUUUUCGUGAAGCCAAAGUUUCGAAACUUCCAUUACCUUCUUUCCCUCUUCCAUUAUACAUCAGAACCUGACCUCAAAUUUUCUGAUUUCAAGUAAAUUUGAGCGAUCCACGUCAUGGGAUGGUACCGGAGAUCGUCAAGAUUUCUUUUCGAUGCUUUUCGUCGCUCCAAUUCCAAGACUCCCGUUCAAGAAUCUGUUUAUCCAAAUACAUUUUCUUCUAGAUCUGUUUCAAGCGGGUCAAGAAUUUGUCAACCGUUUUUCAGGCUGCAGAAUGUGGUGAAGAACAACCAACGGAAAAACCCUUUUGAUGGGGCAAAGAGGUUCUAUUUCGUUGACGGAGACAAAGUUCACCACUUCAAAGCCAGGGGAUACAAACGGUGGAGUCAGAAUCCAAAAGUUGUAUCUUCGAUAUUUUUGGUAGGUACUGGUGUUGUAGUCACUGUAUAUUUUGGGAAUUUGGAGACGGUGCCCUACACAAAGAGAACCCAUUUCGUGCUUCUCUCGAGUUCUCUGGAGAAGCACAUAGGCGAGACAAGUUUCAAGAGUGUUAAAUCAGAAUACAAAGGGAAAAUUCUUCCCCCUCUUCACCCAGAGAGUAUUAGGGUUCAGAAGAUAGCGCAGGACAUAGUUGAGGCUGUGAAGAAGGGAUUGAGGAAGGAGCAGGUGUGGACUGACAUUGGGUACUCAUCGGAAAGCGCGCCUCCGCAGGAGGCUCGUGAACAGGAGGCCGUGAGAGCAUUCGGUGAUGAGGCGGAGAAGUGGAGUGGUGAGGAUAAGUGGCGUAAGGAGGAUGAGAUGCUUGAUGAUGGAUGGGUUCAACAGAGUAGGAAGAAGGGUCAAGAGACGGGCGUCAAAUCUCAAACUGCACAUCUGGAGGGAUUCAAAUGGGAGGUUAUCGUUGUUAACGACCCCACUGUUAAUGCCUUCUGUUUGCCUGGUGGCAAGAUUGUUGUUUUCACUGGCUUGCUUAAUCAUUUUAGAGCCGAUGCUGAAAUCGCAACCAUCCUUGGGCAUGAGGUUGCACAUGCUGUUGCGAGGCACACUGCAGAGAAUAUCUCCAAAAACGUGUGGCUAGCAAUCUUGCAGUUGAUUCUUUACCAAUUUUUCAUGCCUGAUGUUGUCAACACAAUGUCGAAUCUCUUCCUCAGGCUUCCUUUUUCCCGGAGGAUGGAGAUGGAAGCGGAUUACAUUGGAGUGCUUUUAAGUGCUUCAGCAGGGUAUGAUCCUCGGGUAGCUCCUCAGGUGUACGACAAGUUGGGUGAAAUUGGAGGUAGUUCGCGAUUGCAAGAUUAUCUCGCUACUCAUCCUUCUGGAAAGAAGAGAGCCCAACUACUGUCUCAGGCUGUAGUCAUGGAGGAAGCCCUUUCCAUAUAUAGGGAGGCGCAGGCUGGCAACGGUGUCGAGGGUUUUCUCUAAGUUUUACUAGUUUAUUUACCAUCCUCUCUUUCUUUCAUGUAAGUUAGAGAUCAUUUUCUGCAUUCACUUGCUUGCAUAUUCAGAAUUAAUAAAAUUGUAAUUAGAGAUUGAUGAAUUCUAGUUGGGGUUCGGAUCAAAUAAUAUUCAUAAUUUUCAACUUCA